UGUUGACCAAUGGGAUUGCAGGAAAACGCUCGAAGCUCACGUGAUUCGGAAAAGGAAGAAGGCGAUGCUCGGCCGCCAACGUCACUAGCUUGGCCUUUCUCUGCAAACAUUUGGCCUCUCGUCUGGGUGCGUCUUCGGUGUAAAGAAAUUGUCAACGCCUUCUGCUCAAUUGUACAACUUAAAAUGGCUUCUUCAGGUAUAGAAGUUGAUAGUGACUUAAAAGACGAUUUUAUAAAGAUGAAACAGAAGAAUGUCUAUGGGAUGUUGGUUAUGCAGCUCUCUGAUGACAAAAAAAGGAUAGUUAAGCAGGAGAGCAUGUCUAGGGCUACUUGUACUCCUGAAGAACUAGUAGAAUUCUUCUCGAGUUUGGAAAAAGAUAAAUGUUUCUAUGUUCUUUAUGAUCACAAAAAAACAAAUAAACUCAUCCUUAUUAAGUGGGCACCAGAUACAGCAAAAGCAGCAGCAAAAAUGAUAUUUGCAAGUACUUGGGAUGCAGUAAAAAAAUCAUUUGAUGGUUCUAAGCCUCUUGAAGCAAGUGAUCUUGAUGAAGUUUCAGAGGCUGAAUUGGACAGGCUGUCCAGAAAAGUGUAGGUGUAUUCACAACAUGCAAGACAUUGUUAAUGAUAUGAAUAUAAAUUUCACUGAUUUGUGGUAUCGUGCAGCAUUAGCUAAAGAAGCUAUAUUGAUCAAUAUUUUUGGAACUAUAACAUACAUUUUUUUCAGUUGAUAAUAAAAAAUUGUUUAAUAAUUCUGUUAACAGUUUGUAAUGUCUGCUCUUAAUAUUUCUAGUUCUUAACAGCAGCAACCAUUAAACCUGUAUUUUCCAUUAAUAAUCCUUUUUGAAUGACUGCAGAUAAACCUGAAAAUGCAUAGAAUAGAAAAUGGAAGGAUUUGUA